GCUGUCUCCCAGAGUUGAGGUAUACAGUGUGCGCCGGUGAAGUUUCCCUGUCCUCUCCGUCAGUAGCGCGGGAAUAAAGUUGGUGGAUUUAGUACGUAGCCUGAAUGCUUGGGUUGCAAGCCUUGGUGUUGUGGCGCUCCGCACGUCGUCCAGCUGAAGGAGAAGCCGGGUUGAGCUGGCUCUUCCCAGAUUAAAAAAAUAAAAAGACCAAUAAAACAGCUUCAAAGCAGGUCAUUUUAAGGAUGAGUAAGAAAAAAUUGGAAACAACUUCCCAACAGAGGAAAAUUCCCGAAUGGAUGUCGGUGCAGAAUAAACAAUGUGCUACAGAAGGAAAAAAGCUCAAGUCACGUAUUCAGAAGAGUGUUUUUGAAGAUGAUCUCUCCUUCUUAAAAUUCACUGGAUCUAUUUUGUAUAGUUAUGAAGCUAGUGAUUGCUCUUUCCUAUCAGAAGAUAUUAGCCAGAGUCUGUCUACUGGAGAUGUGAUAGGAUUUGAUAUGGAAUGGCCACCAAUAUACAAAAAAGGGAAACAAAGCACGGUUGCACUCAUUCAGUUGUGUGUGUCUGAGAGCAAAUGUUACUUGUUUCACAUUUCUUCUAUGUCAGUUUUUCCUAGGGGAUUAAAAAUGUUGCUUGAAAAUGAAAGAAUUAAAAAGGCAGGUGUAGGAAUUGAAGGAGAUCAGUGGAAACUUCUACGUGACUUCGACAUCAAAUUGAAGAGUUUUGUGGAAUUGACAAAUGUUGCCAAUCAAAAGUUGAAAUGUACAGAGAUCUGGAGCCUCAAUGGUCUGGUUAAACACCUCUUUGGUAAACAACUUCUGAAAGAUAACUCUGUCCGCUGUAGCAACUGGAGUAAUUUCCCUCUCAGUGAGGAUCAGAAACUGUAUGCAGCCACGGAUGCUUAUGCCGGUCUCAUCAUUUAUCGAAAAUUAGAAAGUUUGGGUGAUGCCAUACAGAUGUUUGAUACAAAUAAAGUGGAGGAAAUCCUACCUAGUGAAAUGAAGAAACAGUUGACUGCAAUCUCUGAGGAGGUGAUAUAUCUGGCUGAGCAUUUUCCUGACACUUGCAGAAAAUUGGAAAAUCCACAGAGGGUUCCUGUAAUAUUGAAGAAUAUUUCAGAAAAUCUAUAUUCACUGAGGAAGAUGAUAUUUGCCUGUACUAACACCGAGUCUGACCUGAGGCCCAGCAGUAAUUUUCAUUUACUGUCAGUGGAGGAUUCAGCUGCUGUUGGAGAAGAACAGAAACAAACUAGAGAACAUAACGUUUUUAACAAAGUUAAAGAUGAGACGUGGGACACAACACUUGAUAAUUUAAUUAAACAUGAUGGUGAAGAUAUACUUGGAGAUACAAUGAAACAAACUGAUGGCUUUGAAGAUGGAAUAAAAGACAAUAACGUGGAAGAAAAUAUGGAAAGAACUUGUUUGAUGUCAUUAGAUAUUACAGAAUAUGACCUCCAAAUUUUGGAACAGCAGGCUCAAGAAAAAUAUCUUAGUGAUGUUUCUUUUCAGUCUGCUGAGCAUUUAUCUCCAGAUGGUAAUGAAAAAGAUUCAUCUUUUAUAAUUGAAAGUGAUGAAGAUUUAGAAAUGGAGAUGCUUAAGUCUUUAGAAAACCUAAAUAGUGAUGCUGUAAAAAAAGUUCAUUCUGAGUGCCCAGAAAGAGAAAGAAAUUUGAAUCUUCCUGUUGGACAAGAUGAAGAUAUAAGUGAAGCCAUUCAAGAGGAAGAAGAAGGUGAGGAUGACCAUUUUUUACCAGAACCCAAUGCAAAGCAAGUUAUUUGCCUCAAGACUUAUUUUGGCCAUCAUAGUUUUAAACCGGUUCAGUGGAAAGUUAUUCAUUCUGUUUUGGAAGAAAGAAGAGAUAAUGUUGUUGUCAUGGCAACUGGAUAUGGAAAGAGUUUAUGCUUCCAGUACCCACCUGUGUACUUAGGAAAGAUUGGCAUUGUCAUCUCACCUCUUAUUUCCUUGAUGGAAGACCAAGUGCUCCAGCUUGAAAUGUCCAACGUUCCAGCCUGUUUCCUUGGAUCAGCACAAUCAAAAAAUGUUCUUGAAGAUGUUAAAUUAGGCAAAUAUCGGAUUAUUUACAUAACUCCUGAAUUCUGUUCGGGUAACUUGGACCUGCUCCAGCAACUUCAGGCUAAUAUUGGUAUCACACUGAUUGCUGUGGAUGAGGCUCAUUGUAUUUCUGAGUGGGGACAUGAUUUUAGAAGUUCUUUUAGGACACUGGGCUCCCUAAAGACAGCACUCCCAUUGGUUCCAAUAGUUGCACUCACUGCUACUGCAAGUUCUUCAAUCCAGGAAGAUAUUAUACGUUGCUUAAAACUCAACAAUCCUCAGAUUACCUGUACUAGUUUUGAUCGGCCAAAUCUGUAUUUAGAAGUGGGACGAAAAACAGGGAAUAUUUUUCAAGAUCUACAGCCAUUUCUUGUCAGAAAAACAAAUUCUGAAUGGGAGUUUGAAGGGCCAACUAUCAUCUAUUGUCCUUCCAGAAAAAUGACAGAACACGUUACUGCUGAACUUGGGAAACUAAAUUUAGCCUGUGGAACCUACCAUGCAGGCAUGAGUUUUAGCACAAGAAAAGAUGUUCAUCACAGGUUCAUGAGGGAUGAAAUUCAGUGUGUCAUAGCUACUGUAGCUUUUGGAAUGGGCAUUAAUAAAUCAGACAUUCGCAAGGUCAUUCAUUAUGGUGCACCUAAAGAAAUGGAAUCUUACUACCAGGAAAUUGGUAGAGCUGGCCGUGAUGGACUUCCAAGUUCUUGUCAUGUACUCUGGGCUCCAGCAGACUUUCACUUAAAUAGGCAACACUUUAUUGAGAUACAUAAUGAAAAGUUUCGAUCAUACAAAUUAAAGAUGGUGGGAAAAAUGGAAAAAUAUCUUCGUUCCAGCAGAUGUAGGCGGCAGAUCAUCUUGUCUCAUUUUGAAGACAGAAAACUACGAAAAGCCUCCUUGGGUAUUAUGGGAACCGAAAAAUGCUGUGAUAAUUGCAGGUCCAGACUGAAUCAUUGCUAUUCCAUUAAUGAUUCUGAUGAGACAUCACAAGACUUCGGUCCACAAGCAUUCCUUCUGUUAUCUGCUGUGGACAUCUUGCAGGGAAAGUUUGGAAUUGGGAUUCCAAUUUUAUUUCUCCGAGGAUCUAGUUCUCAGCGUCUUCCAGAUAAAUAUCGUAGACACAAGCUUUUUGGUGCUGGCAAGGAUCAAACAGAGAGUUGGUGGAAGGCCUUUUACUGCCAGCUCAUGACUGAAGGAUUUUUAAAGGAUGUUCCUGGUAGUAGCAAAUUUAUAAAGAUGUGCACCCUUACAGAAAAGGGUAGGAAUUGGCUUGUUAAAGCCAAUAGAGAAUCUCAUCAGAGACUUAUACUUGAAGCUAAUGAAGAACUGCGUCCAAAGAAGUUUCUCCUGCCAAGUUCUAGUACUGUAUCUUGGGGCACUGAACAUCAUCCCUCUAAUCAAAUGUCAAUUAAGUUAACUGCCGAGCAGUCUAGCUUGGAGAAGAUGUAUUCUUACAAAGCACAUGAUAAAAUUUCUUCUGAGAUUAACGUUCCUAGAAAAAGUAUCAUGAUGCAGUUACCAAGAAACAAUUAUGGUUCCUCAGAACCUGUUAUGUCAGCCCAGGACCAAAAGAUCCAGACUAUAUUGUAUGGCAGAUUAGUAGAAGCUAGGCAGAGGCAUGCCAAUGAAAUGGAUGUUCCUCCAGCUAUUCUGGCAACAAAUAAGAUAUUGGUGGAUAUGGCCAAAAUGAGACCAACUACAGUUGAAAAUGUGAAACGGAUUGAUGGUGUUUCUGAAGGCAAAGCUACCAUGUUGGCUCCUCUGUUGGAAGUCAUCAAGCAUUUCUGCCAAGGAAAUAGUGUUCAGACAGACCUCUUUUCAAGUACGAAGCCUCAAGAAGAGCAGAAGAAAAGUCUAGAAGUGAAGAAUGAAAAAUGCUCCCUCUUACAGUCUGUGGCUAUCACAUAUUCUCUAUUCCAAGAAAAGAAAAUGUCUUUGGACAGCAUAGCCGAGUACAGGAUUCUGCCUCUCACAGUGGUUGCCCUGCAUUUAGUCCAAGCAGUGAAAGCGGGCUACUCCCUGGAUAUGGAGCGAGCAGGGCUGACUCCAGAGGUUCAGAAGAUUAUUGCUGAUGUUAUCCGAAACCCUCCUGUCAACUCAGAUAUGAGUAAAAUUAAACAAAUUAGAAUGUUAGUUCCUGAAAACAUUGACACAUACCUCAUCCACAUGGUAAUUGAGAUACUGGAAUAUGACCGUGAUCGCACACUGUUAUGCCAGCCUUCAUGUGGUUCCAGCAGAAAGAGAUGUUUCCCCAACUCUGAGGAGAGCUCUUCAAGUUCUAAGAGAAGCAAGGAGGAAGUAGGCACAAGUACCAAGGCUGAUGAAAAUCAUCUUGAUAAUUUCUCACGAAAAGACAAAGGCCAUGGAACCUCAUUAAAAGUAGCUUCUUGGAAUCAGCCACCUGUAGCUUCUUGGAAUCAGCCACCUGAUGAUCCAGAACUAGAAGAAUUAUUUUCAGAUUCUCAUUCAAAGAUGUCACCUGAAACCUCAAAGAGAAACUUACCUGAGUGGUUUACCCAAGGAAAUGAACCCGUAGCUAAUACCAGCAAGAAACUAGUGACCAAAACAAAAAAGAAAGGUCUUUUUAGUUAAGUUGGCAAUUACCAGAAUAAUUUUAUGUAUCUUACUGUUUUAUAGAAGCUAUAUUUUAUUUCUGAAAGGAGAAGUAAUUCUAUCUUAAAAAUUAUUUCAAUCCCAAAGUAAAACUCACCUAUAUAUUAAAGGACCAGCAUCUUAAAUCAACCUUCUAUAGUUCAGAUAAACUCUUUGGGUCUUCUAAGAACCUAUGUGUUUAUAUCAUACAAUAAUAGAAUAUUCAAUUAGAUUUCCUUCAAAUUACUUUCAGGAACUCUGUUACUGCCCCAUUUUUUAAUCUCUUUGUUUAUUGCAAAAAUAUAUUUGGAAAAUGUAAUGUGUGAAAUUUAAUAAAAAUAACACAUUAGUUGUGUAGUGACUGUAGGAUAUAAAAUAUUCUUGCACUUUGUCUUGUAAGAAAGCACAGUUAUUUUACAAAUUGUCUUUCAAAGCAGUUUUUAUAGGCUUUGUUAGAUAUUAUUAAUUACCCAGGUCAAUGAAAAUAAAACAACAUUUUGAAUUUCAUUAAGUGGGGAAAAAGACUGUAAUUUAAAGGUAUUCUAAUUGUGAUAGGCAGCUAUGCAAUUUGUAUUUUCUAUACAAGUUCUAUUAUUUUUCAAAUAGUAAAACAAUGUCUUUUCUACUGAAUAUUAUAAAGAUACAUGUAGUGUAUUUUCACUUACUUAAUUCAAGUACCUUUAUUAUUUGCAGAUGUCAGAAUUUGGUUUUAUUUUUUCUUAUGUAGCACAAAUAAAUAUCUGAAACUCGUACUCUGACUUAGAAUUGCAUUAACCAUGGUUGUAACUUUAAGCAGUUUGCCGUAUAGUUUGUACAUUCCACAACCUUUAAUUAACUUUUCUGUAAAUUAAAAUAACUUGUUAAUAAAGAAAUACAAGUUUGUCACAGAAGAACUAGCAAUCCAAAGAGGUAAAGAAAACAAACCACCGUGAUCACCCGUAGUUCCAUUAGCAAAUAAUCAGUCAGUCCUUCUGUGUAUCUUGUCAAACCUUCACAUAUUAACUGAUUUUUUUUUUAGUUUGUUACAUUGAAUUUUUAUUGUAAAACAUUCAAGCUCUACUUAAAAUGUAAAAGCCCUCUGUAUUCUCAUUUUUCUACAUCUAUGUAUUUCUUCUGCAUUCCGAUGCCUUUGUUCUUAUAUCUACAAUAUGUGCAUCAGUGUUAGGCGGACAAAGUGGCAGGUAUGUAGAAGGCGCUUCCUGUGUGCCAAAGUAUGAUCAUCGUCUCCAGGAAGCGUGCGCUUUUGAUUGUGAAUGGAAUUUUUUUUACAUGGGGUGCAUUUUUAUUGAAGAAAAAAUUGAUAGAAGACUGCUUGGUUAUUUAGACUUGGGUAUUUGACAGAAAUUUUCUCAAAAUUGAAGUUGUGCUCUUGCUUCAAGGUAAAUAUCUUAAGGUAUUUAUUGGCAAUAAUAAGGAUAGAGAUUUUUAGCAAAAUUUGUGAUUUUGGAAAACUGUCACUGUGAACUUGCCAGCUUUCCUUAACCUAAAAACUUUUCUAAUGAGAUUAAGAAUAAUAAUUAACAUUUUUUUUUAUAUUAUGUAAAGUUUUACUUAUAUUUGGAUUAUUUAUAUAACUCGAUGAAUGAAUAUUUUCUGGAUGACUAAUUCAUAUUACACCAUCAUGCAUGGAUAAAAGAUGGACCCAUGGAUUUAAAUUGCAGAUGAGUUCAGAAAGGUUAAUUGGUGUGGUUUCAGAUUAUGCACUGCAGCUCAUCUUUAAGAAACGAACUACAUACUUGUGUGAAUAUGGAUGUCUUCAUAUACCUCAGUCAAAAGGGCACAUCAAAAUAGACUGAAUGCAGAAGCAGAUCUGAGAAUCCAGCCAUUUCUGUUAACCUGGACAGAAGGAGUUGCAAAACUGAAAUAAUGCCACUCUUGUCAGGAUAUUUUUAAAUGUGAUUUUUAAAAGAAAUUUAUGUUAACAUGUAAUGAGUUUGCUAUUUAAGCAAAUUAAUAAAUACUUUUAAAAUUC